AUGUUCCGGAGGUUCCUUCAUAAGAGACCGUUGUUGGGGAAUUUCCAGAAGCCAGCGAUCUGGUCUUUACCGAUGAGGGAAAACCUAAUGGAGAAGCUCAAAGUUAUGGCCAUUAGCCAGGAUCAGAUCCGAUUGGAUGGUUUGGCUCCGCCGGAGCCUGAGCCGGAGAGCUUGCCAGUGGAAAAAUCAGGAUUGACGACGGAGGAAACAAAUAAGCUGCUGAGGGUGGCUCAGCUGGAAGCGGUGAAAUCGAAGCUUCGAGAAGUCCAGAAAAGCUGGGUAUCGUAUUCGGAGUUUGUUCGGAUCUGA